CAACAGCGAAUAAGGCUCUUCCGAGUCAUGCUUUGAAGAAGAAGCUAUCGAUCUUGGAUACAUGAUCCAGUUGCAUUCAGUGUCUCCAGCAUCACGCAAGACGUCUUGUUGAGCACCAAGGCGAUCUUCUCUUCCCAACGUUCCAAGUUAGUGGCAGCAUUUGAGCUUGCAUGUGGCUGAUUUGCCAGCUGUUUCUUCCUUCUUUUUGGCACAGUAAGAGGGUUUUCAACAUGCAACCCUCAGAAAAGGCCAACCCUGGGGGAGAGGGUGUACAAGGAAAGGAGGCGGACAUAGCGGUUGCGUCUCCUGACACGGUUCUUGCUGAUGCGACGUCCGAAGAAACUGAUUCCGAGGAAUAUGUAGACCAGAAGCUCCUGGAAGAGGAGCGCCAGCUGGAGGCAGAGAGAGAAAAGGAGGAUCAAGAGGCGGCAGAAAAGGAGGCCGCCAGCCGGCCGGCAGUGCCGCGGCCGGCAGAUGGGAUGGACCAGCUGACUCAGCUCCUGUUGAAAACGAAUGCGUACACCGACUUUCUGUACAAGCAGCUGACUGAGAAGGAAAAGGAGAAGGAAAAUGAAGAGACUGGUGACGGAGAUGAGGAACCAAAGACUCCGGGAAGCAAAAAGGGCACCAAGAGGAAGGGGGGCUCUAGAAAGGGUGCCAAAGCCAAGAAGCAGAAACAGGAGGAAGAAGCAGCGGCCGCUCUUGAGACCCAUCUCGCCAAAACAGAGGAGGAAGGGCGGAAGUCUCCAGAGAAGGAAGGGCGAGACAAGGAUGACUAUGUGCUAGCACAGCAGAAGAAACUGAUGCCUGACUUUCAAGGAGAAAUGCGGGACUAUCAGGUCAAGGGCGUCAAGUGGCUGAUCAGCCUGUGGAAUAACGGCCUCAACGGCAUCUUGGCCGAUCAGAUGGGCCUCGGAAAGACGGUGCAGACGAUUGGGUUCCUGAGCCAUCUCAAGAGCAACGGGAUGAACGGGCCAUUCCUAGUGAUGGGGCCCCUCUCUACGGUCACCAACUGGAUGUCCGAGUUCGCCAGGUGGGCUCCCCACAUGCCGGUCAUCCUGUAUCACGGCAGCCCCCCCGAGCGCGCCGCGCUGCGUGCGGAGCGCAUGCCGCACAAGGUUGGCUCGAACUUCCCCGUCGUGGUCACCACCUACGAGAUCGUCAUGCGGGACUUGCCGGCGCUCAAGCGCUGGCACUGGAAGUACAUUGUCGUCGAUGAGGGCCACCGGUUGAAGAACAAGGAUUGCAAGCUGUUCUCCAAGCUCAAGGAGCUGACGUCAGACAACCGGCUGCUGCUGACGGGGACCCCCCUCCAGAACAACCUGGCCGAGCUCUGGUCGUUGCUCAACUUCAUCCUCCCCAAAGUCUUCACCAGCGUCGAGAAAUUCGAGUCGUGGUUUGACAUUACGGGGGCCGGCGGGCGGGGGAAGGAACAGCUGGACGAAGAGAAACGCGGCGAGGUGAUCUCGAAGCUGCACCAGAUAUUGAAGCCGUUCCUGCUGCGGCGCAUGAAGGAGGACGUGGAGCAGAGCCUGCCGCGCAAGAAGGAGAUCCUGCUGUACGCGCAGAUGACGUCACAGCAGCAGCGGUACCAGGAACAGCUGCUCAACAGGACGCUCGACGAGUACCUGCAAAAAGAGAGCGGCUCCGGCAUCCCCCGCACGCGGCUCCAGAACUUGCUGAUGCAGCUGCGCAAGAACUGCAACCACCCGGACCUACUGGUCAGCCACUACGACGACUCGCUGCUGUACCCCCCCGUCGAGGAGCUCCUCGCGCAGUGCGGCAAGAUGCAGCUGCUCGACCGACUGCUCAAGCACCUGCGGGAGGGAGGGCACAAAGUGCUCAUCUUUUCCCAAAUGACCCGCAUGCUCGACUUGCUCGCAUACUAUCUGGAGGAACGCGGGUACCGCAACUGCCGCAUCGACGGUUCCAUGGCCAGUACGGACCGCCAGGCCAACAUCGCGGACUUCAACCGGGACCCCGACCUGUUCGCAUUUCUGCUGAGCACGCGCGCGGGGGGGCUCGGGAUCAACCUGACGGCGGCAGAUACUGUGAUCAUCUACGACAGCGACUGGAACCCUCAUCAGGACAUGCAAGCGAUGGACCGCUGCCAUCGGAUCGGGCAAACGCGGCCGGUCCACGUGUACCGGCUAGCGACGGCGCACUCCGUAGAGUGCAAGAUGCUCGAGAAGGCCGGAGGCAAGCUGAAGCUGGAGCAUAUGGUCAUCACCAAGGGCAACUUCCGCAUCGAAAACUUGAAGGACCAACCCGCAUCGGUCCAGGAGAACGAGUUGCGCGCCAUGCUCGAGCCCGAGAUGGACGAGCGCGACGAGCUGGUGCAGAGUGGUGAAAUCUCGGAUGACGACAUGCUCAAGCUCCUAGACCGGGGCGAUCUCGAGCUCGAAACGGAAGGGAAAGAAGUCGUAGCGUCGAAACUUCCGUCACACGGACGGGGUUUCUCGGUGGUCAUGACGAAUAACACCCCCUCCGUACUCAAUACCGUGCAAUAACGGAAGUUUAUGAUCGAUACACGUGUUGGUUUUGAUCAAUUGAUGAACAACUACGACCAUCGAGAUAAAAACGUUUUACUGUAAAGUUGGAAAAGCUUGUCAACUCCCCAGAAUGUGGAGAGGAACAAUAUUAUUAGGUGCAGCGCUCAAGAUACAUUAUGCAUUCGGACUCCGCUGCAGCCACUUCAAUCUUACCGAAAUCGUGCCUGUUGUUUAAGAAUGGCACGAAGGCCGCU